UGGUUUUCUACUUCAUUGCCUGCCAAGUUUACGGUUUCGAAGAUUUUAACCUGACCUGCCUAUAUAAGAAAGACCACCAUUCUGCAACACCUCCAUCAAAAUCAAAAAGCCCAGAUCUCUCUUUUUCACAAAUCCAAAGAAACGAAAAAAAAACUCUCAACCCAAAACUCAAAAGAUCAAACAAAAAUGAGUUCAGCUUGCAAAGCUUGGGUAGUGGCAGCAAGCAUAGCAGCUGUGGAGACCCUGAAAGACCAAGGAGUUUGCAGGUGGAACUUUAUCAUAAGGUCAAUGCAACAGCAUGCCAAGAACAACAUCAGAUCCUACUAUCAGGCCAAGAAACUCUCUGCUCAGACUUCUUCUGCUAUUUCUCAUCAGAUGAAGCGGUCUAAGGAGGAGUCAGUGAGAAAAGUCAUGGACUUGAGCUGCUGGGGUCCAAGCACAAUCAGAUUUUAGUAUAUAAUUCUAUGAAGAUAGACGCGCGUUCGGCCGCUACGUGAGGCAAAAAUGGGAUCAUUUACCUCAGAUAUUGCAGAUAUGACCAUCAUCCUCUCGUGGCGUGUGAUCCCCGUACCCCUCCACAGCCACUGACGACUGUCUGCCGAAGUAUCGAACCAUCAUCCGAUCAUAUUUUUUUAUGUUCCCCUUCUCCUCAUCGAAGAUUAGGAGAAAUAGGAAGUGGGAGUUUCUUUCAAGGACCGCCAAAGUGCAACAAAAAAAAAAUCUGCUACGACUUUUUGUCGUACAAUCGCUUCUAAUUUUCAGACUGCAACAAAACUACUUCAGGCAGCUUCCUCUCGCGGGAAAUAAAGGGAAAUAGGUGGAAGCGAGGCCUUUUUUUUUUUUUUUUUUUUGUCUUUUCUUUUCUUUUCUUUUCUUUUCUUUUCUUUUCUUGUGUUGUAUUAAUUGAUUUGGGAUAAUUGUCGGGCUCCCAUCCUUUUCAAUCUUAUAUCUCGUAACUGUUUGAUAUAUGGAAAAGGAAAAUAUUUUAACUACAAAGAAAUUAUAUACAAAUAAAUGUAUAAA